CCUCAAAUGAGUUCCACCCAGCCAAACUGAGCAAGGUCCAAACCCAUUUAGAGAGCCACUUCAACCGUGCAGUUCUCCAUGAAGAUGGACAUGCCUUUGAUUCGGAAGUGGUGGUGUCUUCUUCUCAUGGAGCGUUUUGAAACACAAGGGCAUGGCCAAAGGUUUGCCUUCUGGACUCUGGAGGCCAGAAGCUUGCUCGAGGGAACCCUUCAGCCAGUGUUCAGAGUGCCACGACAGAGUGCCAGAAUGGAUAUCUCCCAGGAGAAGGUGGCCAUUGGCAUAUUGCAGCUGCCUGAAGGCAUAAUCCGCAGGAUCCUUACGUUUGUCGUUCUUGAGGAUGGUGAUCCUGCAAUCUGCACGCUAGCCCUUACCUGCGAGAGCUUUAAAUACAUCAUGAGCCAGGGGUCAUUCCAAAAGGAAGCCCACUUCAACUGGCUUGACAGUGUCGUCAACUGGAAUAUCUUCACAGAGGGACACAAACAGGAAUUUAGGAAGGCCUACCAAAUUUCCAGGUGCUCUCAGUGUGACCAUCUGUAUAAGGACGUUGGCACAGGCUACCGGGGAAGUGGACGGCGAGGAAUAUUACAGGGUUUUUACUCAGAAGAGGGCUUCCCGGGGUACUGCACUGUUUUGGCCCGCGUCCACGCUGGGUCAGCUGGGGGCAAAGAGAGAGAGAUCCUUCUUGGGUCUCCCGGGUAA